AUGAAGUCUCAACAACACUUGAUUGAUUAUGACUAUAUCUUACCAAAUAAUAUUCAGUUUUGGCCAAUUGGAGUUCGACCAAAUUCUUACAAGUUAAUUUCAAGUGUGCAUAGAAGGGAAGAAGUUAUCCAGGAUAACUUGGGAUAUGUUUACUUUAGAAGUAAAUUGAUGGAAAAAAAAUAUAAGUUGUACCAAGGACUACUGCUACUACCAGAAGGGACAUUUGUUGAAAUACUUUUUUCAAAUAUUGAAUUUAUCAAAACAAUUCAGUGUGAAUUACAAAAUGUAAAAAUAGCUGGUUGUGACAGUACGUUUAAAACUGUACCAAAAACUUUGGAUGGGGAUUGUUACCAACUAUAUACAUUUCAAAUCAUUUACAAAAAUUUAAGUUUCCCUUUAGUGUAUGCUUUAUUGAAUGGUAAAACAGAAGAAAUAUAUGUGGCAUUAUUCAAAUUUACCCGUCAAAUUGUACCAUUCAAUUACCACAAUGUAAUAAUAAUUACAGAUUUCGAGUUAGCCCAAAUGAAUGCAAUUAAAUCAAUAUUUAAAGAAAGUGUUCACCAAGGUUGCUAUUUUCAUUUUUGUAAAGCUGUUCUCCGUUAUUUAAGGUCCAAGAAAGUGGGGAUUUAUAAUCUUGUGAAGACCAACAAUAUUGCUGCUCGCAUCUUUCGAAUGAUACUAGCUUUGCCAUACCUUCCACCUGAUAGGAACGGUCAAAUGCCGAAUAUGUUGGAUGGCUUCAAUGCAAUUUUGAUUUGCAUAAUCAAGUACCCGGAGUUAGCUGAUGCAUUCCACUCAUUUUUACAUAAUUAUGUGUUUGGUUUUUGGUUUGUACGAAUUCGUCCAGAGAGAUUUACCGUCUUCAAUAAGACUAUAAGGACGAAUAAUUAUGUAAAAAGCUUUCACGCUGCUCUUUUAAUAUUUAUUAAACUUCAUCUAAAAAUUUGGGAGUUCAUCGGUAUAAUUUGUUCUGGUGUUUCUUCUAGAGCUAGAGAAUUAAAUACUCUAGCAAUUAACAAUUUUAUUGAACAAUUAUUGACUGACAAUGAACAUGAUAUGGUUCAAACCUUUUUAAGAAGAGCUGGCCACAGAGUUGAUGAAUAUAUCACUCAGCAAAUUGGCUCAUAUCCUAAUGAACAAGAACUUUUAUUGGAAGAAGCUACUGAAGUUAAUAUUUAA